AUUUCCCACUAGAUUCAACUUGGCCCCUUACCCCCUCCCCCUCCUCUAAUCUUGGUGAUUGCUUCCCUUUACUAAAUAAAAAUAAACAAAAAGCCAAAUAUAACCUUUGUUCAUGUUUAUUUUCUCUCAUUUAUGGUUUAAAUAAAUACUUGGUGUUUCCAUUAAGUUGAGAAAAAACAUAACAACAACUUAGGCAGUUGGGCAUUUUCUUCCUGAAUCUUUGGUAUCUCUUAAGUUUUUGAGAUUUUUUAAAAUUUUAUUUUAUUAUAAAAAAAGCAUAUAGUAUAUGUGUAGUAAGAUAGAAUAUCUAUUUUACACAGAUCCCUAUGGCUAUAUGGAAUGCAGUGGUGCUAUCCAACAUUGCUUGCUGAAACUCAUUCUCUUUGUUUAGUUUAAAGGGUCCAGUUUUUGUUCUCUUUUUAUAAGUGUGUGACAAAGCAAAAGAAAAAGAAUGAGAAACUACAAAGAGAGUUUUGGUCUUUUUUCUUCACUUGGAUUGUAGUGAAGUGAAAGAUAGCAGAUAUUUUUCUUUGGGUUCAUAAGCUCUUGCUACCUUGUGAAUCUUGAAAAUUUUUAAGGUAAGAAAAGGAAUCUCAACAAGUGAAUGAAGAUGAAGUCUAUGAAUGAUGAUAGCAGCAGCAGCAAUAAUAGUAAUAGUAAUAACAAUAAUCACAGUAGUGCAGCAACUAAUAGUAACAACUGGUUGGGUUUUUCUCUCUCACCCCACAUGAAAAUGGAGGUUACUAAUGCUUCUGAAACCCAACAACAACAUCCACAUCAACAGCAAUUUGCUCAAAGUUUCUACCUUUCAUCUUCUCCUACUACUAUGAAUGUGUCAACAGCUUCUGCUCUUUGUUAUGAAAAUAAUCCCUUUCAUUCUUCCUUGUCUGUUAUGCCUCUAAAAUCUGAUGGCUCACUUUGUAUAAUGGAAGCUCUUUCAAGAUCUCAUGCAGAUGCUAUGGUGCAAAGUUCUUCACCUAAGCUUGAAGACUUUUUAGGUGGUGCAAGUCAAUAUGGAAGUCAUGAAAGGGAAGCUAUGGCUUUAAGCUUAGAUAGUUUGUAUUAUCACCAAAAUGAUGAAGACAUUCAAGUUCAUAGUCAUCAUCCUUACUAUUCUCCCAUGCAUUGUCAUGGGAUGUACCAAGAAUCACUAUUAGAAGAAACAAAACCAACUCAAAUUUCGAACUGUGAUGCUCAAAUGACUGGAAAUGAGAUGAAAAGUUGGGGCCACUAUGCUAUUGACCAACACAUAAAUGACACAUGUAGCAUGGUUGCUGCUGCUGCUGUUGCAGCUGGUGGUGGUGGUGGUGGUACGGUUGGUUGUAAUGAUUUGCAGUCUUUAAGUUUGUCUAUGAAUCCUGGUACUCAGUCCAGCUGUGUCACUCCAAGACAAAUUUCUCCUACGGGACUGGAAUGUGUAGCUAUUGAAUCUAAGAAGAGGGCUUCUGCUAAAGUGGCUCAAAAACAACCUGUCCACAGGAAAUCUAUUGACACAUUUGGUCAGAGAACUUCUCAGUAUAGAGGUGUCACUAGACAUAGGUGGACAGGUAGGUAUGAGGCACAUUUGUGGGAUAAUAGUUGCAAGAAGGAAGGGCAGACUAGGAAAGGGAGACAAGUUUAUCUUGGGGGCUAUGAUAUGGAAGAUAAAGCUGCAAGAGCAUAUGAUCAAGCUGCAUUAAAGUACUGGGGUCCUUCAACUCACAUUAAUUUUCCAUUGGAAAAUUAUCAGAAAGAGCUUGAAGAAAUGAAGAAUAUGACCAGACAAGAAUAUGUUGCACACUUGAGAAGGAAAAGUAGUGGAUUUUCAAGAGGUGCUUCAAUUUACAGAGGAGUAACAAGGCACCAUCAACAUGGAAGAUGGCAGGCUAGAAUUGGAAGAGUUGCAGGGAACAAAGAUCUUUAUCUUGGCACAUUUAGCACACAAGAAGAAGCUGCAGAGGCUUAUGAUGUUGCUGCAAUCAAAUUCAGGGGUGUUAAUGCUGUCACAAACUUCGAUAUAUCGCGAUACGACGUUGAAAAAAUCAUGGCUAGUAAUAAUCUACCUGCUGGUGAAUUAGCUAGAAGAACCAAAGAAAGAGAGCCAAGAGAGUCAAUUGAAUACAACAACAUAAGUGUUCAGAAGAAUGAGGAAUGUGUUCAAAACAACAACAACAAUGGGAACAUCACAGAUUGGAAAAUGGUGUUGUAUCAAGCAUCUAAUCCAUCUAUAGGAUCGAAUAACUAUCGAAACCCCUCAUUCUCCGUGGCAUUACAAGAUCUGAUAGGCAUCGAUUCGAUCAACAAUUCAACCAGCCAUGCCACAAUUCUUGAUCAUGAGCAGAACAAGAUUGGUGCUAACCACUUUUCAAAUGCCUCGUCAUUGGUGACAAGUCUAGGUAGUUCAAGAGAGGCAAGUCCUGAUAAAACUGCUGCCUCAUUAGUCUUUGCAAAGCCAACAAAAUUCGUCGUCCCAUCGACUAAUGUCAAUGCUUGUAUUCCCUCAGCUCAACUAAGGCCAAUUCCAGUCUCCAUGGCUCACCUACCAGUCUUUGCAGCUCUAAAUGAUGCAUGAGAAAAAAAUGCAAACUAUUGCUUUUUUUUGGUUACAUGUUGCAACUUGUAUAACAUGUUUUUUUGCAUGAACAAGAAAAAGGAAAAGAAAUUGGGGUAGUGGUUGGUUGAAAAAAGGUGCAAAAGGAAAAGAAAAGAAAGGAAGAUGUCGGAUUUUAGCUAGUGUUUUAAUAUAUAUAUAUUUUUUUGAUGAUUUUGAAUGUAAGUGGAUGACUUUAGGGUACUAAUGGACAGACAAGGUGGAGGGGCCAGUUACUUGUCUGUAACUAUGUAUUGCAAACUUUUUCAAACUCAAGACCUUUAGGCAUCCUUAGAAUUACAUUUUGCAAAAAAAUGAAGGUAAUCAGAAAUAGUAUGCUCUUUUAUUC